AUGGCUCAGCCAUGGGAUUACAUAGCGAAGAUUGUAUCGCUGGGUGACUCGGGAUGCGUGCGCCUCUGCGAAGGCCGCUUCUCACCACAUCACGACGUAACCAUCGGCGUAGAGUUUGGGUCGCGCAUCGUCCCCGUGGGCCCUCCAGCCUCGCUAUCCCUCAGCAUCAACAAUCCCUCCAAAUCCCCACAAGCACAAGCGCCCGUAUCGCCGACCAAGCAAAAACAAGAACAAAAGCACAUGAAGCUCUCGCUCUGGGAUACAGCGGGGCAAGAGACGUACAAGAGUAUCACAAGGAGUUACUUCCGAGGUGCUUCAGGCGCCCUACUUGUCUUUGAUAUCUCGCGCAAGAACACAUUCCUAUCUGCUACAUCAUGGCUGCACGACCUGCGCCAGAUUGCAGAGGAGGGUAUCGUCGUGGUAUUGGUAGGCAACAAGUCGGAUCUGGCAGGCUCAUCCACCGUCACCGACUCAGAGGCGGCGAACAAGCGACAAGUCACAAAGGAGGAAGCCGAGGAAUGGUGUAAAGCAAAUGGCGUCAUGCAGUACGUUGAGACGAGCGCCAAGAGUGGCGAAGGUGUGGAACGAGCCUUUCUGGAAGUCGCGGAGCGGAUAUACCAGAACAUAGAAGCGGGCAAGUACGACUUGAACGAUCGGAGGAGCGGGGUCAAAGGCCCGGGCGGGGGAGGUGCGAAUAGGGCAGGCGUCAAUUUGAACGAUGCGAGUAAGAAGGGGAAAGCACAGGGCUGGGGUAGUUGCUGUUGA